GAAUUGUGAAGACUUUGGAAAGUCAAAAUUUUUUCCAUGAUGCUAUGCCCUAAAGCCACCAUUAAAAAAUCCUCCCCUUUUUAUAUUCCACUUCUCUAAAAACCAAACACAAUAGAAAUUUCAUUUUUUUAUAUGCAAUUCAACAUCCCCCAAUACCAAACAAAAAUGAAACUCUCAUACAACCCCAUAGCUGCCACUGCACCAUUUCUCCUCCUCUUCUUCUUCUUCUUCUUCUUCUUCUUCAAUCUUAGCCAACACUAUGCCGAAGCCCAACCAAACACCACCGGCUACCCCUGCAACAUCAACCAGACCUAUCCCUGCCAAACCUACGCUUAUUACACCGCCACCGCCCCCGAUUUCCUCGACCUGGCCGCCAUAGGCGACCUCUUCUCCGUCAGCCGCCGCAUGAUUGCAGAAGCCAGUAAUAUCUCCGCCGCAAACGCCACCCUCCAAGCCAACCAAUCCCUCUUUAUCCCCAUCACAUGUUCCUGCAACAACGUUAAUUCCACUUUCGGUAGCAUCUCUUAUGCCCCCCUCGACUACACCAUACUUUCCGGCGACACUUUCUACAGAGUGUCGACCCUCAAAUACGGAAACCUCACCAGCUUCGAAUCCGUUAUGGUCGUCAAUCCCAACGCCGUCCCCACCACUCUCCAGCCCGGCGACCAUAUAAAAUUCCCGAUCUUCUGCAAGUGCCCUAAUUCCACGGACCGGCGGAAUCUCCUCAUCACCUACCCGGUCCAGAUUUCCGACACCCCCGCGACAAUCGCCGCGAAAUUCGGCACAACGCCGCAGGCUUUAAUCGACGUGAACGGGAACAACAUCGGACCGAACUCCACCAUUUUCGUCCCGGUUUCGCGGCUCCCGAACAUCACGCAGCCCGCGAAUUCCGCGCCGGCGCCGCCCCCGGCGGUUAUAGUGCGGAACAGGGACAGGAAGGGGGCGGUUAUAGCGCUGGCGGUUCUGUUGGGGGUUUGCGUGGCUUUGUUGGUUGGGGUGAUUGGGUUUUGUGUUUAUAGGGAGAAGGGGAGGGGGAAGGAGAGGGGGGAAUACGCGGAUGUGGCGAGGAGGGAGAGUGAAUUUGGGAAGAUUAAGGAAUCGUCGGUUAAGGAUAAGGAAAUGGAGGUGAAUCUGAUGGCGGAUGUAUCUGAUUGUUUGGAUAAGUAUAAAGUGUACACGAUGGAACAGCUUUGGGAAGCCACCGAUGGGUUUAACGAUAACUGCUUGAUUCAAGGGUCGGUGUAUAAAGGCUCCAUUGCCGGCGAUAUGCUCGCGAUCAAGAAGCUCAAAUGGAAUGCCCGUGAAGAACUCAAGAUCCUUCAAAAGGUAAACCAUGGGAGUUUGGUGAAGCUAGAGGGCUUCUGUAUAGACCCAAAGGAAGCCAAUUGCUAUCUAGUAUACGAGUACGUGGAGAACGGCUCACUCCAUUCAUGGAUACACGGCGACGACCGGAACGACAAACUGAGCUGGAAAACCCGCCUGAGCAUCGCCACCGACGUCGCCAACGGCCUACAAUACAUCCACGAGCACACCCGGCCCCGGGUCGUCCACAAAGACAUCAAGUCCAGCAACAUCCUCCUCGACGCGGCCAUGCGGGCCAAGAUCGCCAACUUCGGGCUGGCCAAGUCGGGGUGCAACGCCAUCACCAUGCACAUCGUGGGCACGCAGGGCUACAUCUCCCCGGAGUACCUCGCCGACGGCGUCGUCUCCACCAAGAUGGACGUCUUCGCCUUCGGCGUCGUCCUCCUGGAGCUCAUCACCGGCCAGGAGGCCAUGGACGGCGAGGGGCGGGCGCUGUGGGGGAAAGUCGCCGGCGCCGGGGUGUUGAAGGGGAGCGAGGAGAGGAAGGCGGCGCAGGUUAGAGAGUGGAUGGAUCCGUGUCUGGCUAGGGAAUCUUGCUCGAUGGAGAGCGUUAUUAAUGUGAUGGCGGUUGCGGUUGCGUGCUUGAAUAACGAUCCGUCCAAACGGCCGACCAUGGUGGAUAUUGUUUACGCUUUGUCCAAGAGUAAUGAUUUGUUCUUUGAUGUCUCCGACGAUGGGUUAUCAUCGUCGGGACCUGUGACGGCCAGAUAAGAUGAAGACGAAGCACCAGAGUUCACUAUAUAGCAUAAUGUACGUACGUACUCUUAAAAUAAUUUAUGAGUUUUAGAAACAUGUAUGAGGUUUUUUGUUUUUGCCUUUUUGGUGAGGAUUGACAGGUUGCAAAUGCAUAAUCAAUUUAUAUGUAAAGUAAAUAAGAAAAAAAAUGUUAUCAUUACUAUAAAUAAAAUGGAGGGUCAUAUAUAUUUCUAUAA